AUGAUUUACCUCUAUGGUGCCUAUUAUGACAACCGUAUUCUCGAGCCUCAAAGACCUGUCGUUCGCCUUUUAGCUAUAAUGAACACCGCAAAAGGUUUACCUCAAACCACGUGUCAAUUUUGGUUUGAUGAGCAAGACACGCCGGUCUUCAGUCAUGCCUCUUAUAGUUACAUUUGGGACAAGCAAUGGAAUUUCCAGAAUGACCGUGACUUGAAGCCUUACGUCGUCCCUAAGUCUCAUCGCCACCUCAUUUACAACCUUCCAGAAAAAGGGACACAGCAAGAGUUUGCCGUUUGUGUCAAAGGAUUCGACUUUUAUUUCCAAGACAACACGAAGCGCCUCGUCGAGUGGCUCGAGCUUCUCUCCGCGCUGGGAGCUCACAAAGUAUUCUAUUACAGCCUCAGCAUGAAUGCUAAAAUGGAGAAAAUGAUGAAGUACUACGAGGUUAGAGGCCUCGUCGAAGUUAUCCCGACAACUUUACCCGCCUCGCAACCUAACGUUCCCGGUCUUUUCUACAAAUAUGUCCUUGUUAAAGACAAGUUCCAGCACGAAGUUAUACAGUUCAACGACUGCUACUACAGGAAUUUAUACCGAUAUAAAUAUACAGUCCAUCUUGACACCGAUGAGGCUAUCGUCCCCCGCUUCGCAACCACCUGGCAAGGCUUGGUGCAGACAGUGACGACAAAGAGCGCCAAGGAUAACCUAACCUACGUUUCCUUCUGCGCCAGACACCCCUUUUACAUGGAUCAUAUGCGCCCCUCCCAAGAAUGGCUAAAAGCGGAAGCCCUGCACGUGCACAACCAUGUUCCUUUACUUGCUCUCGGCGAAAUGUAUCCCUUCACGUACAACAUUCUGACUCAGGACGCACAACUGAUCCACUACCGCCAGAACUGCCAAAAAUAUGUUACGAACUGUUAUGAAACAUUCAAGCGGUUUACAGUUUUUGAUCACAUUGUGUGGAAAUACAAAGAUACACUGAUUACGAAAGUUGAUAAAACCUUCUCUGAUUUAGGCUACUGCAGAGACACACUUGCCAGAGACUAA